AUGCCAGGAUUCAACCAGACAGCCCUGGAGAAUGGCCCUGUCCAGACCUCCAGUCUCUCAGAGCAGGAAGAGGAAGAAGACACCCUCUGGGAGAAAAUUGAGAGUGCACGGCACCAGCUGACCCGCUCCCUAAACCCUGCAAAGCUCACCCCGUACCUGCGCCAGUGCCGUGUGAUAGAUGAGCAGGAUGAGGAAGAGGUUCUGAAUUCAUGCCGAUUCCCUUGCAAGAGCAACCGGACAGGUUACCUGAUGGAUAUCCUUCGGCGCCGUGGGAAACGAGGCUACGAAGCCUUUCUGGAGUCCUUAGAGUUUUAUUACCCGGAGCACUACACCCGGCUAACAGGGAAGGAGCCAGCCCAGCGCUGCUCUAUGAUCCUGGAUGAGGAAGGCCCUGAGGGACUAACGCAGUUCCUGAUGAUGGAGGUGAAGAAGGUGAGGGCUCAGCGGAAGGAGCACCUGCUAAAGGAGCACCAGCUCCAGGUGAAAAACCAGGCCUUGGAGCAAGAACAGGCACGGCUGGAGCAGCGGCUGCAGGAACUCCUGAAGGUGCAAGAGCGUUGUCAGCGGCUGAGAGAGGAGUGGGACUCCAACAGCAUGGAGCUGCUGAGGCUGAAGGAUGAGAACUACAUGAUGGCCAUGCGCUAUGCUCAGCUCUGUGAGGAAAAGAAUUUGGCUGUACUGCGGAGCCGGGACCUGCAACUGGUGGUGGACCAGCUGAAAUGCAAAGUCUCCAGCCUAGAGGAGGAAUGCAGCCUGCUGAGGAAACAGGCAUCUGCACUGCCCCAGCGAGAGGCGGAGGAGCUAAGCCACGCUGACACAGUGUCCGAGCUGUGGGCUGAGAACCAGCGGCUUACAGCAUCGCUGCAGGAGCUGCAGGGCAUGUUAAAGAUGCCAGGUGAGGGCCCAGUGCCAGGCUCUGAGCAGAUCUUGCUGGACAUCCUGGAGCACGACUGGAAGGAAGCCCAAGAUGACCGUCAGGAUCUCUGCCAGAAACUCCACUCCGUGCAGAAUGAGCUGCAGUGGGCUGAAGAGCUGAGAGAUAAGUACCUCCAGGAGGUGGAAGAUCUGCAACUGAAAUAUCGGACGCUACAGAAGGACUGUGAUCUCUACAAGCAUCGGAUGAACACGGUGCUGCUGCAGCUGGAAGAGAUCGAGAAAGAGCGGGACCAGGCUAUCCAGAGCCGAGAUGGGGUGCAGCUACAGUACUCCCAGAGCCUGAUCGAGAAGGAUCAGUAUCGCAAACGUGUGCGGGCCCUGGAAGAGGAGAGGGAUGAGCUCCUAAGCAAACUGAGCCAGGCAGAGGGACUGAACAGCACGCUGGAGGCCCAGCUACAGCGGUGCCAAGGCAACCGCAGCCUGGGCAAGAUGUGCAGCUCUUCCUACUCCCUCUGCUCCAAUCUCAGCAGCACCUGGAGCCUCAUAGACAACCCUUCCAGCCUGACGAAAGGACUUGUGGAGGCACUGUCGGUUUCUGCCAUUCAGAGCAUGGAUGUAACGCCUGACAGUGAGAAGGAUAUCAAUCGCCUUUCCACUUUCCCCUUCCCACCUUGCAUCGGCUCCAUCCUCCGGCGGCAGCGGGAAGAUAGGUGCAUGCCCUACAAAAGCUUAUCCUGUGGCUCCUUUAGCAGCAUUGAAGAUACAACAGGCAGUGGUUUUGCUAGUGUGUCGCUUGGGGCCUUCUCCUCUUCUUCCAACAGCACCUACGCCAGGGUGAAGUCGGAGAUCUGCUUGUCCACACUUCCCAGCUGCAAGGAGGUCACCAGGAGAUCCCUGGUGGUGCAACUGUCUAGCAUGGGGCACCCCAGCAACCCCUCACUCCAGGAGAAGAGGCUUGGAGCAGAUAUCUCCAUCCUUGGAGGGAACAGGACAGGGAUUUAUGUCCAGUGGGUCAAGCCAGGCUCACAGGUCGAGAGUGCAGGACUCAGGGAAGGCUGCCGGCUCAUUGAGCUGAGAGUCCCAUCACUGAAAGAAGAGGUGCUUUCUCUGGAAAACUGCACCCGAGAGGUCGCCUACCUGAGCCUGCUGCAUUGGGAUGAACCCUCUAAUCUUAUCUUCCAGCUGGACCUGCAAGGAUACCAGCCUCUACGUGAAGCCUUGGAGGAAGGGAAGAAGAUUUCUGGAGACUCAUUCUAUGUACGCACCAAUCUAUCCCUCACAGAACAGUCAGAUCCUUAUGCACUGUGUGUCAAGUGUCGAGAAAUCCUCCACAUCACAGACACUAUGCACAAAGGGCGGCUGGAGUGGUACUGUUCCCGUGUUGAUCCCUUGACCAUGCGGGACCUGGACAAGGGGACGGUGCCCAACUACAACAGGGCCCACCAGCUUUUGAAGAUCCAGGAGAAGGGUCAGAUGCCUGGGCAGCAGAGGGGCCACAGAAAUAAUCUAAAGAAACGGGCCUUGGACCAACUACGCCUGGUAAAAUCUAAGCCACAGGGGAGCCCGGGACAGCCUCCUCAGCAGUUGUGGCUGGACCCCUGCUCAGACCCAAACAGGAGCCUGAAGCCUUACAACCUGGUGCACCCUGUGGUGGUCCAGACACCCCGUCCUGUGGUGCUGUCGCCUGAUUGCAUUGCACCACGGCUCAUCAGGAACUUGCUGGACUUGCCCACCUCCCGCCUCGACUUUCAUGUGUGCCCGGCAGAGAAGCUGGCAGAAGGGCAUCCCAACACUACCCAUGCUAAGGACGACCCGGUGUCUAGAAGUUCCCUGCAGGACCAGAGGGAGCCUGGGCGAAUCCGCAUGAUACGGGAGGCGAUGGAGAAGAAUAAACACUGCCUGCUAGAGCUUGGAGUUCAGAGUGUGAGGGAUCUAAUUAGAAGUGAAAUAUAUCCCAUUGUUAUCCAUGUCGAGGUCACGGAAAAGAACAUUAGAGGACUCAGGAGCUUGCUGGGGAAGCCGGGCCAGCGGGACUCGGAGGUGCUGAAGGUGUGCCGUGGUGUGGAGCAGGCGCUUCAUGCGCUGCCAUGCUCCUGGGCUCGUGUGGAUCCUCAGGCCUGGAGCCAUGCGGAAGAGCUGGCCAAGGUGGUUCGGGGCUGCAUCUUUCAGGAACAAACCCGCCCGCUGUGGAUUGAGGAAGGUGAUGACUGAGCCAGGACCUAGCAGAGCUGGCACUGUGCUGCCAGCUACCUUCCCCGAGAGCUAUUCUCAGAGGCCCCUGCCACCCUGAACUCCUUUGGCAAUGUGUCCUUUCUCCUGGAGGGGAUGCCAUCAGCAGAGGCCUCUGGGGUAGCCUUUCAGGUCCCCUUGAGGCCACACAGAGGUGGGAAGUAACAUGCUAACUCCCUCGCCUGAGUUUUCCAUGUUUUAUUGGAGAGACGUCUUCCACCUUUAUGCUGGAAACCACCCUCGUAGCUUAUUCCCCAUCACUUUGGCCUUACCCUUGGCUCUGGUACCUGGUUAGGUUGCCAGAUUGAACACUUGAGGGAACUGUUGAAAUCAGGGUGUAUCGGAGUGGAUCAUACACACAUGUGAGUGCGCACACACACAUGUGCGCAUGUCCAUCCUUAUCUUUUGGUACCUCUGAGGCCCUUUUCUCAUCACCUCUGUCUUCCCUUGCCUGCAGCACUGUGUGCUGUAGGUCCUCUACCCCCACUUUCUCUGUCUACCUCACCUCCUGCCCAGAAGAGCGGGAAGCAGUGCUUGGUUCAAACACACCACCAUGGCUGGAGUGACACUAAGCGGGUUUUGUGACACAUC